GUUAUCGUUAUUCAAUCAAUCGUUGGCCAUCUGACAUCGCGAAUCCGCAGUCCACGGAGCGUUAAAGUCGCGCCUCCGCCUUACGCUCACGUUUCCCGACUAAAUGAAUAUCAUACUGAGUGAUUGCCGGCGGAGCAUGGGGCAUGUAAUUCCGCCCGGCUUUGGGUGCUUUGCUGCGGAGUCUUGGAGUCGCGAUCAGACGAACUCGAGCCGCUCGCACGACAGCAUGUGGUUGGUGCGCAUCUUGCAUUGGCUGGGUGUGGGGGCCCUGCUUCCACUCUUGGCCUCCUCCGGCGAGCGUGUGGCUGGCAGCGAUCUGAGCUACGGAGACUUCUACGGCAACGCCAGCGCCCGAAUGCUUCGAUUCCGCGACUUUGAGCCGCGUCAGCAGGGCGGAAGAGCGGAGCUUCCUUUGGGGCAGGACGGAAGCCCGCAGUUGGAGCGCGAGGCUCGUGGCUUCCACUUCCAUGCCAGCGGCGAGGACGUCAGUGUGGAGCUGGAGUUCAUAGUGCCCUUUCUCAAGGUGCCGGUCAAGAGGAGCAUGGGUCUGGCCCGCGACGCGCUCCAGGGCAUCCUUAACCUGCGCACCGGGGCCCUCAUCAACACAGCCGUCGUCGUGGCCGCCGGAGCGGUGAUUGCAGCGGUUGUGCGGCUGCUUAUAGCCCCCCUGGUCAUCACUUCUGUGGCCGGUGGCUAUGGCUAUAAGUCCGAGCCGGACAGGGGCAUGCGCCGCCUGACUGAUGUGGUGGAGUCCCAGCUGGAGGAGCACAACAUCGAUGCGUCCAUCUGCGUGCAGCGCAUGAUCUGCCAGUACCUGCAGCAAAACGUAUCUUCCGGUUGUGCCAGGGCUCUAAAUGUCUUGACCAGCUCCCCUUGGCUGCACUCCUUUAUGGACGGAACUGCAGUUUUCCAGGCCAUUCAAUCAGCCAGGAGCAAUCGCAGCUGCACCCACACCUACAGCAGUUGCAAGUGGCCAAGUCACCUAAACUGGAAGACUGGGGGCUUACCCCAGGUUCUUAGGAUCUUUAAUGGAUAAUUCAAUAGGCACGCCAGGAAACAUUGCUAUAGUUAUUUAUUUAUUUAUU